CUGGCUCCUCCUGUCCUGUCCUGUCCUGUCGCUCUGGUCCCUGGGCUCAGAGCUCUCCAGCUGUCACCAUGGCCUUCCCCGGCCGCGCGCGCCCCGGUGCUAUCCCCGAGAAUGAAGAAGUCCCCCAGGCGGCCCUUCACAGGGCCCACGAGGCCACCGGCAGCGAGGACGAGAGGGCCGUGUCCAAGCUGCAGCGCAGGCACAGCGACGUCAAAGUCUACAAGGAGUUUUGUGACUUCUACGCCAAGUUCAACAUGGCCAACGCCCUGGCCAGCGCCACCUGUGAGCGCUGCAAGGGGGGCUUUGCGCCGGCCGAGAAGAUCGUGAACAGCAAUGGCGAGCUGUACCACGAGCAGUGCUUCGUGUGUGCCCAGUGCUUCCAGCAGUUCCCAGAAGGGCUCUUCUAUGAGUUUGAAGGAAGGAAGUACUGUGAACAUGAUUUUCAGAUGCUCUUCGCACCGUGCUGUCAUCAGUGNGGUGAGUUCAUCAUUGGCCGCGUGAUCAAAGCCAUGAACAACAGCUGGCACCCGGAGUGCUUCCGCUGCGACCUCUGCCAGGAAGUCCUGGCAGAUAUCGGCUUUGUCAAGAACGCCGGGAGACACCUGUGUCGCCCUUGUCAUAACCGAGAGAAAGCCCGCGGCCUCGGGAAGUACAUCUGCCAGAAGUGCCACGCCAUCAUUGACGAGCAGCCGCUGGUCUUCAAGAACGACCCGUACCACCCAGACCACUUCAACUGUGCCAACUGCGGGAAGGAGCUGACUGCUGACGCCCGGGAGCUGAAGGGGGAGCUGUACUGCCUGCCGUGCCACGACAAGAUGGGGGUCCCCAUCUGUGGCGCUUGCCGGCGGCCUAUUGAGGGGCGCGUGGUCAAUGCCAUGGGCAAGCAGUGGCACGUGGAGCAUUUCGUUUGUGCCAAGUGUGAAAAGCCAUUUCUCGGACAUCGCCAUUACGAGAGGAAGGGCUUGGCGUACUGUGAGACCCACUAUAACCAGCUAUUUGGUGAUGUUUGUUUCCACUGCAACCGUGUGAUAGAAGGGGAUGUGGUCUCUGCUCUUAACAAGGCCUGGUGUGUGAACUGCUUUGCCUGCUCCACCUGCAACACUAAGUUAACGCUCAAGGAUAAGUUUGUUGAAAUUGAUCUAAAGCCAGUCUGCAAACACUGUUAUGAGAAAAUGCCCGAAGAAUUUAAGAGGCGACUUGCCAAACGGGAGAGAGAAGCAAAGGAUAAAGACAAGCAGAAAAAGAAAAAGCCAGUCUGUUUGUAAACUUUUCUAUCUCUACUAUCAUCAUUUUCACUACUUUCUUCUUUGGUUAGUCUUUCAGAAUAUGUUUUUGUUCUCUUCUGUUUUUUUUUUUCUUUUGGCAUGUAACCAUCAGAGAUUGAAAUGCAAGUGUUUGUCCUCUGUAAAGUUGGUCCUGCUUAAUUAUUUAAAUUACAAAGCUUAAAAGAAUAAGGUCUACACAAAGACUUAUUUAAUUUUAUGAUUUUUAAUU